ACACACACACACAAAACAUACACACACACACACACAAAGCACACACACACAAAACAUACACACACACACAAAGCUCCACUAAACGACUCAUUGAUUAUAUGAUAUAUGAAUAUUGAUUAAAGGCUUUUUGUUUUGUUCAUUUCGACGUCCUGACAGACAUCUGAUGGACGUAACGUGGAGACAUCUGAUGGACGUAACGUGGAGACAUCUGAUGGACGUAACGUGGAGACAUCUGAUGACGUAACGUGGAGACAUCUGAUGGACGUAACGUAGAGACAUCUGAUGACGUAACGUGGAGACACCUGAUGGACGUAACGUAGAGAUAUCUGAUGGACGUAACGUAGAGACAUCUGAUGGACGUAAUGUGGAGACAUCUGAUGGAUGUAACGUGGAGAUCUCUGAUGACGUAACGUGGAGACAUCUGAUGGACGUAACGUGGAGAUCUCUUAUGGACGUAACGUGGAGACAUCUGAUGGACGUAACGUGGAGACAUCUGAUGGACGUAACGUGGAGAUCUCUGAUGGAGGGAAGGCUGGCCCGUGUGGUCCAGUCCAACAGACGAGCUGCUGAAGAAGUUCAUGCAGGUUCUGGUAGAAAGCUGUCAAAACAUAAAGUCCAUCACAGACCGGUCAGGGUGUCCACGCUGACCGUCCACUGCUCAAAGACCCAACAAUCAGCAUCAGAACCGGACCACACAGCGAAGGAAGAAGGUGUUCUGGUCUGAUGGGUCAGGUCUUCUUUCCCGGGGCGUGGGGAUCACAGGAUGCAUGAUAGGAAGAAGGUGAGCGGGUGGAGGCUAUGAUGUUUGGACCAUGUUCUGCUGGGAAAGCUCGGGUCCUGCUUUCACAUGGACGUCACUUUGACACGUCACACAAAGCUAACAGCUAACAUGUUCAGGAACAUUUGAGGAACACAGCGACCGGUUCAAGGUGUCGACUCGGUCCAGAUUACCCAGAACUUAAUUUAACCGAACAUCUGUGGGACGAGCCAGACGAACAAGUCCGAUCCAUGGAGAAACACCUCCAAACUCCCAGGACUUAAAGGAUCUGCUGCCAACGUCUCAGAGACAGAACCACACCAGUCAGAGGUCUGAGGAGUCCGGACGGGUCGAGUCCGGAUGGGUCAGAGGAGUCCAGGCCUGCAUAGGUCAGGGCUUUGAAUGGUAAAAGACUGGUGGUCAUAAUGUUUUGGCUGCUUGGUGACACACAGUCAGGCAGUGUGGAAAGUGAGAGUAGAAAACACUUUGGGAAUUUCACUCUUUCUGAUCUCUGAUCUGUUUUCUGUUUCCUGUCUGGAAUAAAAGUCUGACAUCCAGCAGCAUGUUGGAGACACAAAGCAAAGCUCACUCAGUACACACCACCAUCUUCAUCAUCUUCGUCAUCUUCGGCAUCUUCAUCAUGGUUAACUGGACCGGCGUGCUCUUCGUCCUCUGUGGGACCCUCCUGACUCCUGCACUCUGCUGUGAUUGGCUCAGACACUACGGUCACCUGAGCAACGACUCAUUGACUCUCCUCCAGCAGAUGGGCGGUCAGUGGACUGGACAGGAGUGUCGAGUUCCCUUUCCAAGAAAAAUCUACAGAGACAUAUAUAAGGCUGAGGUGCAGUCCCAGUUGGUUUUCAUCAGAGACAGUCUGAAGCUGAUUUCUGGUCUCUAUCACCAUGACAACCUCACCUCUGCUUCCUGGGACACCGUCAAGACCGAACACUUCCUGAUAAGCAUCCACAGACAGACAGAAGAACUCAACACCUGUGUGUUGGCGAACAAGACGUCCAACAGCAGUCUGAGAAAGUACUACAGGAGACUGGCCAGGAGUACUCUGCACUGCACUGGUGGCAGUCCUGCGUCGUGGGAGCUGAUCAGGAAACAGACCAAACUGCACCUGGAUCAGUUGGACCUGCUGGUGGAGUGCAUCAAGAGUUCAUCUGCCGCCUGCAGGAGGCGCUCUGCAGCGAGUGGACGGCAGCACUGACUGUUCAGAGUGUUUCACUGAUUCUGUCUCUCUGUGAGAGUUUGUCUUCUAUUUCACUCAGGUUUUUUAUUUAUUGAUGGACACACCGCUCGUCAUAUUUAUUAUUAUUAUAUUUAUUUAUUUAAUUUUUUUAUAAACUGUACUUUAUACUGUACUGUAUAUUUGUGAUAACUGACAAAAUAAA